UAUAUCUAUGGCACGCACACAUUUACGGUAGCAUUUUAGAAUUCUUUAGGAGACGCGCAUCACAUUUACGUACAUUAUUCAUUAAGUGUGAAGUCUUUCGUAAGACGUAUUUAGUGGUGGCUGCAGGGAUUUCAAUUCAUUGAACUGACAUCGUAUCACGACUGUAAUCUUGACAAAUCUGUGAACAGUAUGAAUCUGCUUCGUGCGUGGUUUCUUCAGCUGGUUUUCUUACUUUGUUUAUGGGCUGACGCCGUCCAAACUGACUUUUGGCAGCCAGGAGACAGCGGAAUUCUACAACUAAUAAAAGGCAGCAAACUGGGAUCGGUCACUAUCCACUCGCAUACCCGAAAACGGCGGGAACUUUCGGACGAGGAAAUUGGCAGGUUGAGCGAAGAGCAAUUUAUGCAUUUGGCAAUCUUAGGGGGUCAGCGGUAUCAACGGCUUUAUGGACCACCACCCGCCGAGUUGACAGACACCCGGAGAGGAAUUUUCGUGUUAGUUAAAUUAGGUGAAAUAGAAUUUGAUGAGAUAGAACAAAGGGAGAAAGAAGAACGGAGCAGAGCCCCGCCACCGCCAAAGAAAAAGGCCCCGCCCAAGAAAAAGGUCCCUACUAGUACUAGUACAUGCCAAAGCCCUGACCAACAACGCCCUCUUGUGGCGUACGCUGGCAUGAAGCUGGAACUAGAUUGCCAAGUUUGCAAGGAUAGACCCGUACCUCCAGGCUCUGCGGUCAGCUGGAGUUUUCAGCCCAACGGAACGACCACCACUAAAACCAUGGACACUGUGAAGGGCCUCCGGAAUGGGUACGAGUUCCACGAAGACAAGAGACAACUGCUGUUUCCGACUAUCGGACAGAGGAAUGCUGGGAAAUAUUUCUGUAAACCCGAGAGUGGAGGCGAUUUGUUUGGCAAAUACGACGUGACAGUUAUCGAAGAUCCGUACUUCCACCUUCUUUUCGAAUCUCUAAACGACCAACCCUAUGGAGAACAACAAGCUAAGGAUGGGACGACUCUCUUUACGCUUUGGAGUACCUGGACUGGAUGCAACCACUGCGGCGAAUUGGGAGAGAAAUUCCAGUUUGGUUACUGCUAUGCACGCUACCGUCAACAGGAGUAUCCAGAGGGCGUGCCGUGCCGAUCCAAUGUCCUUACGUACAGUGAGAGGCAACUAUUCUCAUACAGGCGAGACGAAAAAAUCAUAAGGACGUGCGAAGAGGCUUGUCCGAAAGGUAAAGAGGGUAAUUCAAUGUCUGAUAGUAAGGCAAUGGAGACGUAUCACGUGGAUUUCGACCUGGGGCGUCCGAAACUUCCACCAGAGGUGAAAAAACAAACACUUUACAUUGACCAGGGGAGCUCUAUGGAGUUGUUUUGUCCAGGUGGCGGGUUACAGGACGCGAUCCGAUGGCAGAACGGCACCCAACACCUGAUGCAGACACGCCUACGGACGCAGCGGGUGAACAUUGACGCCGUUCACGUGUUACGCAUCCGCAAUGUCGUGCCGGAGGACGGUCAGGUCUAUACUUGCUAUCACAACAAUGAGCCCGUGGCCCGCAUGACGGUCAAUGUUAUGGAACCUGUGACAGUGAACAAUAAGGUUAAGAACAAUUUGCUGUACGUGGGGGUAGCUCUGACCGGGCUGGUCGGGCUCAUCAUCUGGGCGUCAAUCUACAAGAACCGCAAACGGCAUUCGUUCGAUGGGUGAACAGGACACCGAAGCAAUACACCGAUAGAAGAACAUGGAUCGGGCAGUGUUGAAGAAAGGAGGGAGCCACUUCGGGUCAAAUUCAUAAUGUUGCUAAGCAGGAAAGAUGGGUUCGCCAAUUAUUUGCCACCCCACAAUCAGCUCAUGACCGGUCACUUGAAACUCGCGUUGCAUGACAUUUUUGUUGGGUAACUAGAGUGCAAAUAUUUCUGCUGAAUGAUGCUGCACGCUAAUACGUUGUUUGUGUCUGAGCUCGAUGAGCUUAUAAAUGUUCAAAUGCGCUAAAAAAAACCCAGACAAACAUAACAAAAUAUGUCCUAUAACUGUCAAUUCUUUGGUUUAAUUUAUGUAUUGAGAAAGCGCCGGUGGACCCUUUUCCCUAGUCAAUAAGUGUCUUUGUGUGAGACGUUAGUUUUCCUUUAAUUUUCCAGUUUUUCUCUUUUUUUGUUGCUAAUUUGAUAAAAAGAGCCGUUGGGAUAUAAUUAUGUUCAACGUUGCGGAGACCAUAAUUUAAUUAACAUGUAUGUUUGUGUAUGGCUUUAUCGAUUUUUUCAAUAUGUCCUACGAGCCAAUAAACAAAUUACAAUUUUUGCCCAAGGCAGUAACAAACACCCCCCCCCCCGUUUUAAAACUAGGUCGUUAACAAAGGGGAAGGUUGACAUUAAAUUAAAAAAGGACUAAAGCUUUGACAUUUUCAAUAAAAGUUUGUGCAUCUUUGCAUUAUUGCCACGCGUAUUCCCCUGGAUUAGGUUCACAAUAGAAAUUGUAUUUAAAUUUUCUUUCAAGGGUGCCCCUGUCCAUGUAAUUGGAUUCGUGCAGGAUUGAGACAUGCAUGUUCUCUGGUCGCUUGGGCGUAAGCAUUUCUUCAUCUUAAGGACCCUGAGAAUGAGCCACAUCAAUCGAAUUAGGCAUCACGAGUACAAAAGACAGACACCCGUCCCAGGAGCAGAUGACUCCAAGUGAUUUUUUGCAGAACGGUUUUCCCCAUAAUAAACGUAUGACAAGUUGGAUA